UUUUUGUCAACACAAGUACCAAACAUACCAGCGGAAGAUGAAGGACAAGAGGAGUCGUAUAAUGAGGAUCAGACGAGAGAACCAUCUGGUCCUCCUAAACCUAAGAAAGGUUGCUUCAUUAUAAAUGGUACCCUGAGCCAUUUCAAAGCCAAACGCCCGCCAUUUGUGAGAGACGUCCUAAAUUAUGAGAAGAAAUCACUUUUCUACGAGCAUCUUAUGAAACACGACCUACUUGUCUACGACCUAACUGUAGACCCGUCUGCUAGUGACGAGGCUCUGUGGGUUGCCCGGACAAUGGAACAAGAUGCUGAAAGGUUUGAAGACCAGAAAAAGUUCAUCAUUUUGACAAACCUCCUCACUUGGGCAAAAACAAAACCGAAUGAUCCGGAGGACCCUAUCUUUACUGAGUCAGAAUAUCGCAGAAGAAAACCACAUCCUAACCAUCAGGACCUGUACGAACUGGAGAAGGAGAUUUUAAGAUUGGGCAGAAAGCAUAAGAAGAAAUUCGUAACCUACGUUCUCGCGUGCGGAUUAGUCUACGGCGCUGAGGAGCACAUAUUUCAAAAUUUCUUUCGGAUAGCGUGGUCAGAGCAAUCACCGUUGCCUGUUUACUUCGAGGGGAACAAUGUGCUGCCUACAAUUCACGUGCUGGAUUUAGCCAAUGUCAUUCAAAACAUCGCAGACAAUCCACCUAGGCAACGUUACAUGGUGGUGAAAGACGAAAGCAAUAAUACCUUGGCCGAAAUUGUUCAAGCCAUCUCAAAACAGUUGUCCAACGGGGAAAUACAGAUGCUUCGCACUCCAGAGCUGGUGAAUUCAGGAGCACUCCUGCAACUUACCCUGGAUCAGUUGACAAUGGAUUUAAGGAUAGAAGCUAUUGCGAUCAAGGAAGAGAUGCAAGUACGCUGGACUAGUGAGAAUGGGAUGGUGGAAAUUAUGCCUCGGCUGGUGAAGGAGUUUAUUGAUGCCAACAAUCUGAAGCCUCUGCGGCUCUGUGUGCUGGGUCCACCUGGCGUGGGUAAGACACCGCUGGCCAAAGAACUCUGCAAAAACUAUCGACUACAUCAUAUUCACCUGAAGGCGUUGAUAUUUGAAACGUACAAAAAUCUGACGGAACCUAUUAAAGCGAUGGAGCGUCUUCUAGAAAUUAGGCGGGCAGAACAAGAAGCGGUGGAGGCAGAAGAAGCGGCUAGAUUAAGAGAAUCAGACUUAGUGGAACAAGUGGCCGAGCAUGCUGGCGCGCAGGAUGUCAUCGAAGCGGGCCAGCCACCGGCUCCCCAGGAGGAUGUAAACCCUGAGCAUUCAAAGCUUUCCUCAGUGCAGUCGGGAUUUUUAAGCGAACUAUCCGAGACCACCGAGUUUGAGGAGUUCAAGUACACUAUGACUGCAGAUGAAGUGCCUUCAAUCCGCCGCUCCACCUUCACCGACGCCAUGAAUGACCUUGAAUACUAUCCGUUAACCCCGGCGCCCACAUGGAGGACUGAGGAGGAAUUAGAAAUGCUAGUUGCUGAUGCGCAGGAACAACUUGAGAUUUUAAUUGAAAACACAGACGAGGAUGGCCGCCUGAACGAUGAGACACUGGUUCGCCUCAUUAUCCAAAAACUCACAACACGUCCAUGUCAGAACCAAGGUUUCGUUCUUGAUGGCUUCCCGAAAACACUCGAACAAGCGGAACUCCUAUUCAAACCUAAUCCCGACGAUGAGGACACAGUAGGUGAUGAAAAACAUCCAGGUUACCAUCACCUGCUCACUCCGCAUCACGUAAUCAUUCUUGAAGGAAGCACCGCCUACCUGGCUCACCGCCUUCGCCAACAAGCCGAAGCAUCUGGAAUUGAUCCAUCAAAAGCGCGUGUCGUUCUACCACCAUGGCCUAAAGGAUUCAAGCAGGAGAGUCUAGCUGACGCGGAAACGCUUGAGUUCAGGAGGACACAGUCCAUAGUUGGUGAUGCAGGUGAGCAGGCCCAGGACGAUCUCGAAGGAGAAGAAAAGCAACAAGGAGAGGAAACGCCAGAAGAGAAACUUGAACAACUUGAAACAUACGAGGAUCGAUUUGUGAGGCGUCUACUGAAAUACAAGAGUUUCAUGCAGCCGGCGGUUUGGAGACUUGUAAAUGAGUGGGAAUAUGCUCCAUGGGAAACGUUUGGCAUGGAGGAAGGAACUUCAAAAAUAGUCGAGGAGGAUGUUGAUGUGAAAAAACCUGAAGUUCCAGAGCAACCGUGGGAAGCUGAAUGGAAGAAAAAACUCCGAGAGUACAAACAAUACUGCGAGGAUGUGAUACAGCGCCGGAUACAAAAUACAAAGAAGCGGGAUAUCUACUUCCCAGAAGCUUUUGACAAAAUGGACGAGCAACCAGACGACACAGAAAGGAACGUAAUUGCCUACUUUGACGUUCGUGAAAUACAUCCUUUGGUUCUGCAUAUGGAAAAGGAUUAUAGUUCUAAUGGAUGGAUGGACUUAGUAAAGAAACAGAACAACCAGUGUGCCAAAGCCGAGGCUUUGCCUAUGCGUCAUUACUUGAUGCGAUACGUAAUGCCCGAGUUAACAAAGGCGUUGCUAGCUUGCUCUAAUAUACGUCCGGAAGACCCCGUAGAUUUUGUUGCUGAGUGUCUCUUACGCUGUGGCUCCAAAUUAUGAUGGAUGACGCAAGUGGUGGAAACUGUCGAAGAGCCCAACAAUGACUAAAACUUAUAUAUCUCGAGGUAACGUUCAGUCACGAUGCUGUUCCAGUAGUUUUCACGUCUGCAAAAUGUACCGCAAUUAGUGGAAGUCAUUGAAUAAAAAUAUAAUUUCAACAUUUACUCUCCGAAAAUAUUAUAAAUACAAAGCAUUGACUGAGCU